AUGAGUUUCGGCGCUAAGUUAGGAGAUUGGGUGCAGAAGCUUGAAUGCUACAAGUUAGGAAAGAUUCCAGAGGUGAAACAGAAAGCCAAGCCUGAUCAGGCUGAGCUUAGGAAGCGCAUCUCGGCAAUCAUCUUGAGCAAUCUACAUAUGUUCCUCUUCGUUAUGCAGUACCUAUCAAGCUAA